CGGCGUUGACGUAAAAGAGUGGCGACGCGCACCAACUUUGUUAUUGCCAAUUUUCGCUUCUUUUUAUUUUUAGAAAUCACUCAAAUCGGGAACUAAAUGGACUAACGUAUAUUUAGUAACAAAAAGCUUAAGUUAAUUGAUGCUAUCGCGAGUCUGUCGCACUGUGAGCCGUCAACCAAGUCUAAUUUUCGCUCCCUGCUCGUGUUUGUUCGCCUUGUAUCGGGCAGUUUUCUGCGACCAUGUUCCACAACAGCUCACAGAGAAAAUAUUGGAUUUUUAAAAGUGAAGACGAAGUUGAGCAUAUGAGAUGCAAGGCCAAUCAUAAAUUCCGUAACAAGAUACUAGAAAGUGGGAAGCCCGGGGUGAGUGAGUCCAUGUUCCUGGAGCGUCACGAAGAAGACGUUUUAUUUAGACACUAUGAGAGGAGGCUGCUGGAUUUCUGCAACGCUUUUAAGCCUGCAAUGCCCAAGUCUGUGGUGGGUACAGCCAUCAUGUACUUCAGAAGAUUCUACCUGAACAACUCUAUUAUGGAGUAUCACCCCCGGAUUAUCAUGCUUACUUGUGCGUACCUGUCCUGUAAGGUGGAUGAGUUCAACGUGUCCAGCACACAAUUUGUCGGCAACCUUCUGCAGGAAAGCCCUGCUGGACAAGAGAGGGUUCUGGAGCAAAUCCUGGAGUAUGAGCUGCUGCUGAUCCAACAGCUCAAUUUCCACCUGGUGGUCCACAACCCCUACAGACCCAUGGAGGGCCUGCUCAUUGACCUCAAGACUAGAUACCCCACGCUGGAGAGCCCAGAAUCACUGAGGAAGAGUGCUGAUGACUUUCUGACUCAGGCAACCAUGACAGACGCAGGGCUGCUGUUUCCCCCCUCUCAGAUCGCUCUGACAGCUGUUCUGAACAGCGCCUCAAGAGCCGGUCUCAGUAUGGAGAGCUACCUGACUGAAUGCAUGGGACUGAGAGAGGACAAAGAGACGCUCUCAAAGAUGUAUGACUCGAUGAGACGGAUGAAAACCCUCCUAAAGAAGUAUGAACUUCCCAAAUCGGAGGAGGUGAAUCCUUACAAACAGAGGUUGGAGAGGAUUCAUGCUGAAUUUGCCACUUCAAGCAACAAACGAAAGCGAGGGUAUGAAGAAGAUGGCCAUGUAGCAAAAGAACCACGUUUGGCAGAAGAGGAAUGGACAGAUGAAGACCUGCUAUGAACUCAACAUAGUUGUGGAAUCAAACAGAGUUUUAAGUUAUUAUACUACUUAAUUCCAGGAUUUAGAUGUCACUGACCAAACCUAGAAAACACAAUAGUGUGUCACAAAGAGUUUGCAAGUAUGCAUGUCAUAUUUACUUUUCUACAUGACACUGCAGUCAAUCUUUGGUUUGCCUUUGUUCUGCAGUGAGAAUAAAGAUAUUUUUCUACAUAUUGUCGUCAUGGUUAUGUGGAUUAAAGGCAGAAUGGUGACAUAUUCCUUUAAAGUAACAAAGCCACAUACAUUUCUCCACCUUUGUCAGGGGACAAUGAAAGACUCCAUAAUCUACUUUACAAAAACUGUUUAAUAAGUGCAUGCAUGUCUGAUACAUUCUGUACUAUUCCAAAAAAUUUACUGCUGUAAACACUUUCAUUUUACUUGGUUUCUCUGAUUAUGUGUCUUGUCUGGCAUUCAGAAGUUUCAAAAAAGACUUAACCAAAUAAUCAAAAAAUAGCUGAUACAAUCGGAGGAAAAAAAAAUUCAGCUCAUCUCUCUUAUAUACUCAUGAUUCCAGCAAGAGAAUUUAUUCUUAAUAUAAAAUAACCAUACUUUUCUGAAAGACUUUGUUCCAAUCUAGAAACCAAAGAAAGAAAAAAAAAAAAAAAAA